AUGGCUACCCGGGCCAAGCGGAGAGCGCCGGGGCCGCCCGAGCGCCGGGAGCCGGACGGGGAGGAGCAGGACUCGGACUCGGAGCAGGGGGACUCGGCCUCCGAGGAGGAAGAGAUCAGCGAGGAAGUGAAUGUUGAAUUUGAAGCACAUUCGAUAUCAGAUAAUGACUAUGAUGGGAUAAAGAAAUUACUGCAACAGCUGUUUCUAAAAGCUCCCGUUAAUACCGCUGAGUUAACUGACAUAUUAAUACAACAGCAUCACAUUGGGAGUGUUAUCAAGCAAGCAGAAGUUCAAGAAGAAAGUGAUGAUGAUGAAGAAGAAGAAGAAGAUGAAGUCUUUGGCUUCAUAAGCCUCUUAAACUUAACUGAAAGGAAGGGUACUCAAUGUGCUGAACAAAUAAAAGAGCUGAUUCUAAGCCUGUGUGAGAAGAACUGUGACCAGAGUAUGGUUGAACAGCUGGAUAAGCUCCUAAAUGACACCACCAAGCCUGUGGGCUUCCUACUAAAUGAAAGAUUCAUUAACGUACCACCACAGAUCGCUCUGCCCAUGCACCAGCAGCUGCAGAAAGAACUGGCUGAAACUCAAAGAACAAAUAAGCCAUGUGGAAAGUGCUACUACUACCUUCUCAUCAGCAAGACCUUUACAGAGACAGCAAAGCGCAGCUCUAAGAAGAGAGGAGAGAGCACACAGCAGAAAGAGGAAUUAAUGUUUGCAAAUGCAGAGGAAGAAUUCUUUUAUGAGAAAGCCCUUCUGAAGUUCAGCUAUUCUGUGCAAGAGGAGAGUGACACGUGUUUGGGAGGCAGAUGGUCCUUUGAUGAUGUACCAAUGAAACCUUUGCGAACUGUUAUGUUGAUUCCAUCUGAUAGGAUGAAUGCAAUCAUGGAUAAACUGAAAGAAUAUCUCUCCAUCUAGACAGUUUCCUUGGAUAAUGUUUUUAUAAAGCAACCAUGAAAAACAAUAUGCCUUUUGAAUAGCUUCCCAAAAGUUUUAUAAUGUCAUCAGUUUUGUGUUCCUCAGGAAUCACCUUUGUAUACUAGUGAAACGUGUAGGUUGUACAACUAACAAUGUCAAUCAUACUGUUACUAUAAAAUACUAUAUCCUAGUAGACUUUGGAGUCACCAUUAAGAAUGCAAUAAAAAAAAACCCUACAUCUCUAA